GCUGAACUGGCUGUCCAUAAGAAGAAAAUUGAAGAAGUAGAGAAGUGGAUGAGAGCCCACACUGAUGCACCAAAGGCAGGUAUUUUGAUACUGACUGGACCGUCAGGCUGUGGGAAGACUGCUACAGUCCAGGCUCUGUCCCUGGAGAUGGGCGUCAGAGUCCAGGAAUGGACCAACCCGUCCAAUUUAGAACCAUACAGCAGCAGUCAGCAAG